UCAGCCAAUCAGCAUCAUCCUCGGUGUGUUUGCCUGUUCUCCGGCAGGACGAUAUCUCAGUGAGUGAAUCAGUCUCUCAUUUUCAUCAUGGCCUCUGGAGCUUUGUUCCCCAGCAUGGUCUCUGGGUCCCGCGGCUCCUCCAGUAAAUACCUGGUGGAGUUUCGGGCCGGUAAGAUGACCAUGAAGGGCAGCACGGUGACCCCUGACAAGCGCAAAGGUCAAGUCUACAUCCAGCAGACCGAUGACUCCCUCAUCCACUUCUGCUGGAAGGAUCGGACGACCGGGAACGUGGAUGAUGACCUGAUCAUCUUCCCCGAUGACUGUGAGUUCAAACGGGUGAACCAGUGCACCACCGGACGAGUCUACGUGCUGAAGUUUAAAGCCGGCUCCAAACGACUCUUCUUCUGGAUGCAGGAACCGAAGACUGACAAGGACGAGGAGCACUGCCGCAAAGUGAACGAGUAUCUCAACAACCCUCCGAUGCCCGGCGCUCUUGGCAGCGGGGGCAGCGGAGGACACGAUCUGUCCGCUCUCGGAGGUGAGGGCGGCCUGCAGAGCCUUCUGGGUAACAUGAGCCACAACCAGCUCAUGCAGCUCAUUGGACCAACUGGACUGGGAGGAAUCGGUGGUCUCGGGGCUCUGGCUGGUCCAGGAUUGGCGAACCUCCUGGGCAGCAGCAGCAGCAGCAGCAGCGUCCCUGCAGCCAGUAACUCCUCCACAAGUCCGUCCACGGCCGUCACCCCGACCUCCACCUCUACCGCCAGUCGGCUCGGCUCCACCCAGGUGCCCACCACCCCCAUCACCCCCUCCGCCACCUCGGCAGCCUCCCCAACAGCCACCACCCCCUCCACCCCCGCCGUGUCCUCUGCGGCGGCGGGCGCGGCCAACCCCACACAGCCCAUCCAGCUGAGAGACCUGCAGAGCAUCCUGGCCACCAUGAACGUGCCCGCCAGCGGUCAGGGAGUCGACCUCGCCAGCGUCCUGACACCCGAGAUCAUGGCUCCCAUCCUCGUCAACCCCGAGGUGCAGCAGAGGUUGAUGCCUUAUCUGCCCUCCGGAGAGUCCCUGCCGCAGAGCACGGAGGAGCUGCACAACACACUCAGCUCGCCGCAGUUUCAGCAGGCUAUGAGCAUGUUCAGCAGCGCCCUGGCGUCCGGGCAGUUGGGGCCUCUGAUGAACCAGUUCGGUUUGCCGGCAGAGGCUGUGGACGCUGCUAACAAAGGAGAUGUCGAGGCUUUUGCUAAAGCCAUGGAGACGGAGACAAAGUCAGACCAGGAAGGAGACUCCAAAGAUAAGAAAGAUGACGAUGAAGACAUGAGUCUGGACUAAGACCUCUUGAAGUUUAUCAUUUAAGGUAUUUAUUUAGCUGCUCCUGCUGUUUUGUAACUAUUAAACAUUAGGGAUAAAGAUUAUGUUUAAACUGUCACUAAGACUCCCUUCCCUCGCUGAUCGUGCCGUUCAUCCUCCAGCAGUGUGUUUAAUUAAUAUAAACUGAUUGAAGAUGUACUCUACCUGCAUGUCAGCUACUAAUCUGAGCUGUCCUAACACAACCGAACAGUAAAAUGUUGAAAAAAGU